GAGACUAUGUCAAUUGAUCAAAUUAAUUUUGGAAGAAAAAAAUGGGAAGAACAUUACCGGUACCGGUUUUAUGUCAAGUUUGUGGUGAUAAAUCCUAUGGAAAACAUUAUGGUGUUUUCUGUUGUGAUGGUUGUAGCUGUUUUUUUAAACGUAGUAUACGAAAAAAUGUUCAAUAUCGUUGUAUUUCAUCAACAAAUGCCUGCCCGAUUGAUAAAACAAGACGUAAUUGGUGUCCAUCUUGUCGUUUACAAAAAUGUUUUCUUGUUCACAUGAAUCCAUUUGCCGUACAGGAAGAACGUGGACCACGAAAAAGGAAACAUCAUCAUCAACAACAACAGCAACAAUCAUCAUCAUCAGAAGCGAAUAAUGCACUAGCAACAACAACAACAUCAUCUCAAUCAUCAUCAUCACCAUCAGCAAAGGUAAUAAAUUUGGCAUCAAAAAAAUUUGGUUUAUUCAAAAGAAUGAUGCAACAACAGCAACAACAACAAAGUAGUUGUAAUAAUAAUACUACAGCAACUGUAACAUCUUCAUCAUCAACAGCAUCUUUGAUGAAUGGACAACAACAACAACAGCAACAUUUCCUGUCAUCCUAUCCAAUAUGGCAUCAAUCAUCAUCAUCAUCAUCUAUAUCCUGUCGUCCACUAUUUCGACCACAACAAUCAUCAUCAUCAACAACAUCAGUUCAAUGA